AAUCUGAGCAAGGAAUUUUGGAGCAGGGCACCAUUAACAAGGCGAUUGAACAGACUAGAACAAGAAAGAGACGAGCAUAUUUCGAUUGUUUUUCAGCUCGGGAAAGCAGUCAGGUAAACGUGAAUCUUAAUACACGCUGCCCAUUAGCUUUGAUCCAUCCCAAUUUAUGGCAUGCAUACUGAGGCCUGUGCAACAGCAUACCUGCGUCAUGAAUUCUUGGAUAUUUCUUCGGAGAGAUCCCCGGCAUCAUUGCUCGAGUCGGACUUGCCCUGUCAUUUGUGAAAGGGCAUGCAGGCUUUCGUCAUAUUGAAAUGAAUAUAACUAUACAACUUUGGUUAUUGCUGUGGGUUUCGCAUAGUCUCUCAAUACCCAACAUGCAUUUUUCAAAAUAUCAAGCAAUCUACUCCAAUCAUGGCUGAUCAAGACCCUCCCCUUGUAACCACAUCCUGGUUGUCUCAGCACCUGGACACCAAGAAGAAACCCUUGAUUGUCCUUGAUGUUACCUGGAACCCACGUGGCAAAUCAGGCAACAACUUUCACCAAGAACAGCAUAUUCCUGGAAGCCUCUACUUCAAUCUUGAGGAAUGCAAAGACCAUGAAUCACCCUUCAAGUUCACCCUUCCAAGUCCAAAUGACUUUGAUAAGUAUGUCUCCAAUUUAGGAAUUUCAAAUCAAACACAUGUCGUGAUCUAUGAGAAUGAUCCUCGCUACAAGGCAAAGACUUCUGAAAGAGUGUGGUGGAUGUUCAGGUAUUUUGGACAUGACAAGGUAUCGGUUUUGGAUGGCGGUCUUGAACAAUGGGUCAAGGAUGGCUUUUCUGUGACUGCGGACAGAACAGAGGAUCCUGUCAAAGCCACGUUCAAGUCUACAGUACAGAGGCAUCUGCUAAAGACUUAUGAUGAAGUUCUUGAAGAUCUGAAGGAAGGGUCGGCUCAGCUUGUGGACACUCGACCAUCACACUGGUUUGAUGGUUCUAAGCCUAGCUUGUGGCCAGAUCUCAGGCUCGGAACCAUCCACAGGGCAAAACACCUUACUUUUGAAGACUGCAUGGCAAAAGAUUCCACCAGAUUCAGAACUGCUGCUGAACUGCGAGAAGUCUUUGCAUCAGCUGACAUCGACCUCUCCAAGCCUGUGACUACGACCUGUAAUGUGGGAGUAACUGCUUGUAUCGUAGCAAUGGCUGCUUUCCUCCAAGGGAAGGAGGAUGUGGCAAUUUUCGAUGGGUCUUGGGACGAGUUCUCCCAGAGAGCACCCGAUGAUCUUCUCGGUAUUAACACUUACAAUAAACAGUAACUGAUAUGAGGCUUCAUGGUUAUUAGCCAUUCGAGACCUACAAUGUAUGCCUGAUAUCAAAUUCAGCCUAAUGUCUAUAAAAACUGAGCAGUAUUAAUACUGAAAUAGCAUUGUGUUCCAAGGGUUAAUCCAUACAAGAUAAUCUUCUUGAUCUUGGGAUUAUUAGCCCAUAAACCCUAACGCUGCAGACACUCCCAACAAAUCCAACUCUAAACCGACCAAUGAUAAUCCAUUCAAAAUAACAAAAAAAGCUUUGAUUGGUCCGGAGUGGGCUUCUUAGGCGUGCCUGUGGCAUAUAAGACCGGGCAACUGAUUCAGCCUCUGAGACAUUUCGGUGAUUAACUCAUUACGCAAGAAGCUCUCGCCAUGAUGGUUCACGACUUUUUCGUUAGAAUCAAGCACUUCUUUCGAGACUACAUUUGUGGUGCCCUUGGAUGUGUUGUCAAAGUCACGCAUGAAGUUCAUUAUUUUGAAGAUGGUACAAUAAUAUGACAUACCUCUCAAAUAAAGAUAGAUCGCAACAUCUCUGUGAAAAAGCAAUUAUGUUGUCUUUUUUUUCUGUGAAAUAUUUCAUCGCAAGGUUGUUUUUUUAAUAGUUGGGUAAAUACCCACGUGGUUCUUAUAAAUUCAAGUACACUUUGAUCUAGACCAUGCUGAACAACAUGAGCAGGCAUCCCGUUGAAUGUGUGCCUGACACUGUAAAUUGCAUAUCUGAGGGAUUUAUGUGCAUGCAUUGGUACCAAUUUACUACAGUGCCAUGUUAAAGAAUUAAAUGUUCAGAAACAUAUAUUCAUUUCCCUGUGCACAGCCAUACCAUGCUCUGUCUAUCAGACCUAGGUCCGUGUACACGUGGAGAGCAUUUCAUGAAACAAAUAAGUUAGUGAUUUUCACUAGGAGGUGUACGAGCUACAGUAAACCCUCGGAUCUGAUUGGCUCGGGACAAAAGAGUCAGUGAAAACCACACUUUGUUUCAAGACAUACUUUCCUCAGCAUCAUACCAAGCUAUGUGCAUCCAAGGUUCAGUCAUGCACAAUACAGACGAAAGGCAGUGCUGCACCAGCCCGAGUUGGCUCAAUCUCGAGAUUUGAGCCCGAUCAGCCCUCUUCGCGAUUAAUCUUGAGAUUCAAGAAACCCCAUCUCCACCAUCGCAAGAAGAGCGAUUGCUGCUCGAGUAAGGCAUCGAUGCGAUAUGGUCUGGCGCCGUGCAUAAAUAAUCCCGAGUGCGUUUGCGCCUGCGAAUUAGCGGGAUUAUUCUUAAAAUAGCACGCCAUUUUGCAAAUAAUCCCAAUUUAAUAUGGGAUUGCAAUCUCGAGAUUAAUCUAGCGAACUAGCGCGAUAAUUGCGUCUCCAUUACAAAUAAUCUCAAGAGGUAGUGCCAGAUUUGGGCCAGGUGCAUGGGCCUACCAGAGGUCAUGAUAAGAAAUUGUACAUUCCGAGGUCAGUAACUGAGAAACGUAAGAAUUCUUUUUACAUAAGAAUGAGGAAACCUUGGAAUAGCCUAAGUAAUGAAUUAGUAAAUGCACCCAGUGUCCACAGCUUCGAGAAUGGACUGGAUAAGUAUUGGAAAUGUGAACCUGUGAAGUACAAGUUUGACGCUGACCCACCAGGACAUGAUCCGGCCAACCUAAAGAGGAGACAGAAUUUGGAACUGAAUAUAGAGUCUUAGACUGCGUUCAGAAGCAUCCAUAAGUAUCCAUAAGUAAGAUUGUUCAGAUCGUGAUAAUUUGCCGGAUCAGAAAUAGCGCGCUAAUUUGUAAACUCAGGCUGGUGCAGAAGGCCCUGAAGAUACUUUUAUUGAGUUUUUCACUUUGCAACUAAGUCAAGACCACUUGACAAAUCGUUUUAUCAUAUAUCACAGGUUAUGAUAAACAUAAGUAUUGAUCUAGUGCCUUUGAAUGAUGACUCAAUCAUCGAAUGUUGACUUGCCAUCAGACACUUUCCAAAGAAAUUUUGUUUUCAAUUGGCUGUUGAGACCCGCCCUAAUGUUACUGAUAGAAACGCCUACCAUUAAUGGCAACACGAUUCAAGCACGAGAGCCCUAGACAAAUUCUCCAUCAGCAUUGUCCAACUGCCAGCAAACCAGACAUCAAUGGAACUUAAAUCUUCCUGCCUACUUGUCAUCAUUCAUUACGAUUUACAUCGUUUAGUUACAACGUUACAAGACAUCCACCCAGACCACAACUACUUACAUCCAAACAUGAACAUGGUGCCGCAAUCUGUGAAUAGGACGGUGAUGACUGUCCACGCUGCUUGCCAGCUCGUUAACACACCACAUAGCUGAAGACCCAGCAUUACACAUCCUAGACCAGCUGCUGAUCGGUCCAAAUCUUUAAAAAAAAAUAAUAAUAAUUAUCAUACAACAAAACAUGACAGACAUGUUUGCACUUAUCAUAAACUUAAGAAAGUAAUUUCUUCUGUUUCAUCAAGUGCAAAAUCAAAGUGUUUAAAGAUGCAAUGGAUUUUGACAAAUUUAAUCUCAUAAUGUUUAGUUAUUUAAUAGACAAAUUAUGAAAUACAUGUAAAAGCAUUCAAUGAAACAUGAAUUUGAAAAGUGAUAAAGUAGAUGAGUGAGAAAACCUGUUUUGUAUUCAAUAAAAAAACAAAUUAAUAAUAAAAUAAGCUCUCAACUGUC